GGAUGCAAAUUUGUACCUUGGAUGGAUAUCUGGGAAUAUGAAGGGAAAUACCUGUGAAUUUUUUUCCCCACUCAAUAUAAUGCAAGAGAUAAAUGCACUUGAAUGGAUCACCACAUAGACUUAAUUGAAUGGGGCCAUUGCAUAUUCUGACCCUAUUUCUAAAGCUAAGGAUUUGGAAAAGCAACUUUUGAAGACAUGACCCAUUUGCAUACUGGACUCAGUCCAGAAAUCAUAGAGAAAGCCCGCCUGGAACUUAAUGAAAACCCAGAUGUUUUGCACCAGGAUAUUCAGCAAGUAAGGGACAUGAUCAUCACAAGACCUGACAUUGGAUUCUUGCGCACAGAUGAUGCCUUCAUCCUGAGAUUUCUUCGAGCCAGAAAAUUUCAUCAAACAGAUGCCUUCAGAUUAUUGGCUCAGUAUUUCCAAUAUCGGCAGCUGAAUCUGGAUAUGUUUAAAAAUUUCAAGGCUGAUGAUCCAGGGAUCAAACGAGCUCUGAUUGAUGGAUUCCCAGGAGUGCUAGAAAACCGCGAUCACUAUGGCAGAAAGAUACUUUUGCUCUUUGCAGCCAGUUGGGAUCAGAGUAGAAAUUGCUUCGUAGAUAUUUUACGGGCUAUUCUCUUGUCCUUGGAAGUUCUGAUUGAAGAUCAAGAGCUUCAGAUAAACGGCUUUGUUCUAAUUAUAGACUGGAGUAAUUUUUCUUUCAAGCAAGCCUCCAAAUUGACCCCUUCCAUCCUCAGACUGGCCAUUGAAGGGUUACAGGACAGCUUUCCUGCUCGCUUUGGAGGCAUCCAUUUUGUGAACCAGCCGUGGUACAUCCAUGCUCUCUAUACUCUAAUCAAGCCCUUCCUCAAAGACAAGACACGGAAAAGGAUCUUUCUUCACGGAAACAAUCUUAACAGCCUUCACCAGCUCAUACACCCUGAUUGCUUACCUUCAGAGUUUGGAGGGACUCUUCCUCCCUAUGAUAUGGGCACAUGGGCUCGGACGUUACUCGGACCGGAUUACAGCGAUGAGAAUGAUUACACUCACACAUCUUACAACGCCAUGCAUGUGAAGCAUUCGUGUUCCAACCUAGAGAGGGAAUGCUCUCCAAAACUCAUGAAAAGGUCUCAAUCUGUGGUGGAACACGGCAUAUUAAAGCACGAAGAACAGAAUGUGAAUGAGAACACCCAGCCACUACUAGCUCUAGACUGAGAUUGAAAGCCCUGUGAAA